GCCCAACAAGCCAAAUUCCUUAGCGAUGCGGAGAACGAGCUGGAAGAGCUGGCGGUCACCAUCGCGCAGGCCAAGAAGAUGGUGGAGCUCAUUAAGGUGACUGCGAUGGAGGAGAGGCGAGCCAAGCUGGCCCAGUGCAAGCAAAACCUGGAGAACGUCCCCAGCACCGACACCAUCUACUUCCUCCAGGUGCCUGGCUGGGUGCCAGGAGCCCUGGGAUGUGAGAGCUGCCGAGUCAAGGAGGAGAGGCGAGCCAAGCUGGCCCAGUGCAAGCAAAACCUGGAGAACGUCCCCAGCACCGACACCAUCUACUUCCUCCAGGAAUUUCAGGCCUUAAAAGUAGCCAUGGAAGAAAAUCUCUCCCCUGCUCCGAGUUUCCAGAAUGAGCUGAACUUCACCAAAUGCACCCAAGCUGUGGGCGCCGUGAAGGAUGUGCUGUCUGCUGCCUGCAAAAACCAGCGGGACCACUUGCAGGGAAAAGGAAUUGAUGGGCUGAGUUACCAGGAGAUGGAGGAAGCGUUGGCUGAGUCCCGAUUUCCAGACAAGUCAAACAAUCCCGCCUGCCUGGAAAGCCGUGAUUACUUCCUGAAAUUUGCCUUCAUCAUUGACCUGGACAGUGACACGGCUGACAAGUUCAUCCAGCUGUUUGGCACCAAAGGGGCCAAGCGGGUGCUGUGCCCCAUCUCCUACCCGGAAAGCCCGACCCGGUUCAUCAACUGCGAGCAGGUGCUGGGUGUGAACCUCAUGAACCGGGGCAACUACUACUGGGAAGUGGAGCUCAUCGACGGCUGGGUCAGCAUCGGCGUCAUCGCUGAGGACUUCGACCCCCGGGAGUCCUACAACCGUGGGCGCCUGGGACGGAAUGAGAAGUCCUGCUGCCUGCAGUGGAACGGACAGAAUUACGUGGCCUGGUUUGGUGGCUUUGAGUCUGUCAUCCAGCAGCCGUUUUUCCAAACAAUUGGGGUCUUCCUGGAGUAUUCGGAGAAGGCCCUGACCUUCUAUGGAGUCAAGGACUCCAAGAUGACCUGCCUGCAGCAGCUCAAGGUCUCCCAUUUUGCCAAGGGUCAGUUUGACCCAUUCCAGAACAAGAUCAACCACCAAUUUGCCUCUCUUUUCUUGUGCAAGCUGAAACCAGCCUUCUUCUUGGAGAGCGUUGAUGCCCACCUGCAGAUCGGGCCACUGAAGAAAGAUUGCGUUUCGGUGCUAAAGCGUAGGUAA